AUGCCGGAUGCAGCCAGCAUGGGCCUCAUUACAACCCCAUUUAGCACGCAGGCAGCAUGGGACCGCGAAUACCAUCAAGCACUUGCAGAUGAAGUAGAAAAGAAAAUGACCGUAACUCCAUCACAGGAUCAAGAGAGUUUGGAGUUGCAAAAUGAUGAUACCGUUGACGGAGGCAUACAUCCGGAAGAAGCAGACCACGAAUCCCACAAAGCACCUACAGAUGAAGCAACAAACGUACUGAGUGUAACUCCAUCACAGGAUCAAGAGAGUUUGGAAUCGCAAAGUGAUGGUACCCAUGGCGGAGGCAUACAUCCGGAAGACAUGGAAGAAGCAGCUGAAUCUAUCUCGGGCGGCAAGGAGGUGCCCAAGGCUGGAGAAGAACAUGUAAAUGUUAGUAAGCCAAAUGAAAUUGCUAGCCUUGUCGAGGAAAUGCUGAAUGAACGGGCUCGCUUGAAGGAGGAGGGAACUGAUAGUACUCAUGGUGGUAAAGACGAGGGUGUCUCCCUAAAUAUAUGGGACUUCGCUGGACAAGAUGUAUACUACACGACUCACCAGGUUUUUCUAAAUUGGCGAGCCAUCUAUGUGGUUGUCUUUGAUCUGAGUAAAAGUUUGGAUUCAAUUGUCCCCCCAGAGUCCAGAGACGAAUACUAUGAGAUGGCUAAAGGAGGUGCCAAGGCAGAGUUGACAUGUCUCGAAUUCAUCAACUUCUGGUUGUGCUCCAUCUUUGCACAUGCUGUGCCACCCCCAUCAGUCUUGAAUAAGAACACAUCCAAAGCCAAACAGAAAUCUCCACCAAUAUUAAUUGUUGGAACGCAUCGAGACAGUGUGACGGGGGAUGCAAAUGAACAAAAGAAGAAGAUUAAAUCUGCUUUCAAGAUUAUUCGGAACACGAUCAAGGGAAAGCCAUUUGAAUGUCAUGUGGUCCCCCAGUACUAUGCCGUUGAAAACAGCUUAGAGGAUAAAGAUGAAGAGCUGAUUGCAUUAAGGACACGUAUAAAAGAGGUUGCUGAGAAAGAGCCUUAUAUGGGUGAAGAGAUUCCUAUCAGAUGGCUUUUAUUUGAAAAGGCACUAGCAGCAGAUAAGAUUCAUUAUAUGUCUUUAGACGAGACCAAGGAACUGACGCGUAAUGUCGGGGUGGAAUCUGAGCAUGAGCUUUUAGCCAUGCUAACCUUUUAUCAUGAACUUGGAUACAUAGUUUACUAUGGAGAUAUUGAUGACAAAGAGUCUCUCCUCAGAGACAUAGUCAUCUUGAAUCCCCAGUGGCUAAUCGAUGUCUUCAAGCAGGUCAUAACAAUCAUGGACCCUAAAGAACGGGAUGGGAUCGUGAGUGAUGCUUGGACAACCCUUGAAGAUGGCAUCCUAGAAGAUAGGUUGAUUCAACAUAUGUGGACAGGUUUCCUUGAGCAGAAGGAAGCCUUGGUCCAACUCAUGGCCAAGUUUGAUCUCAUUUGUGAGGCUCCAGUAGAACAGUUCCGACCAGAAGAGGAGAGAACAAGAGAUGAUAAAGUGUCAGAUGACGCAGAGAGGGGAAUUAAAAAGCGCUAUUACGUUCCAUCGAGAUUGCCUGUCAGUUCCUCUCCAGAGGAUAUUGGACAGAUCAAAUCUUUCACAGACUUCUAUAUUGACUUCAGAGGGUUUCUACCGGAUGGUUUGUUUCAUCGUCUAAUGAGUAGAGCAGUGCGGUGGAUGAUGGAGAGGUAUGGUCAAUCGGUUGAAAGCUUAUUCUAUCGUCAGAUCACUCUCAUGGUUGAUGAAGAACAUCUUGCAAUACUGGAGAUGUUGCCACCUCACGAAGCUACUAUCAAGGUGACUGUUUACCGAGAUUCUGAUGAAGAAAGUGAUAAUCAUCCACCUCCCGCUCCAAGUGCCGUCAAAGAUGUGAGUACAUGUACUUGGUAAAGAUGAUGUUUAGUUGUAGAACAAUAC